CGUGAGUCAUGAGCAGGCUGCUCCUGCUGGCGCAGAGAGUCACCUGGGCCGCUCUGCGCUGCCGUGGCCGCGGCUACGGCUCGCCCUCAGCAUGUUUUACGCCCGUGCGGGCGGGGCCGCCAGACCGGGGUCUUUCACACACCUGGAAUGAAUGUAGAUUCCAGGUGGAUCGGUUUCCAGCUGCCAGAUUUAAGAAGUUUGCAACAGAAGAGGAGGCUUGGGCAUUUGUUAGGAACUCCUGGGAGCAGCAUGGAUACAUGUUCUGCUCUUCAGAGAGGCAGAAUCAUGUUGUACCUAGAGUCCCACUUGUUCUGCAUGAUGUGAGAGAUGAUCCCUGCUACCUGAUUUCUCAGAUGUUGCAGUCUUUAUUUAAGGAUGUCUGGAAGAAAAAGGAACUUGUAGAAGAACCACAAGUGAAAGCAAGCAAACGACUUCAUGAGUCCCUGAAUGAAGUUGAAGGUGAAAGUGCAGAGCCCUGUGCAAAGCAUUUAAAACAGAAUACGGACUCAGUACCAGCAAUUGACAAAAGCACAUUUUCUUACAUGGGAGAUUUUGUUGUUGUCUAUACGGAUGGCUGCUGCUCCAGCAAUGGGCGGAGGAGGGCACGAGCAGGGGUCGGUGUUUACUGGGGACCUGGUCAUCCUCUAAAUGUAGGCAUUAGACUUCCUGGUCGACAGACAAACCAAAGAGCGGAGAUUCAUGCAGCCUGCAAAGCAAUUGAACAAGCAAAGGCCCAAAACAUCAGCAAGCUGGUUCUGUAUACAGACAGUAUGUUCACUAUAAAUGGUAUCACUAGCUGGGUUCCAGGUUGGAAGAAAAAUGGAUGGAAAACAAGCACAGGGAAAGAGGUGAUCAACAAAGAGGACUUUGUGUGGCUGGAGAAACUUACUCAGGACAUGGAUAUUCAGUGGAUGCAUGUUCCUGGUCAUUCGGGAUUCAUAGGCAAUGAAGCAGCUGACAGAUUAGCAAGAGAAGGAGCUAGACAAUCUGAAGACUGAAGUAGUUUUUAUUUCUUGGGAAAACUUGAGCUCAUUUGUUUCCAUUCCUUUCUGGGAUAAAAGAUCCAGAUCCAGAUGGCCAUUGGUUGCAGCAGAUUGGCAGACAACGACCUUCAAGCUAAGUCAACAACAACAAAAAAAAAGACAAAGUGACAUUCUCUUAAACUAUAUGCUAAAAAGUGGUGAAAUGGAUAAUAGAUGAACCGCCUUGAAACGUGAGGUUUAUCCGAGAUUCCAGCAUUGUGCUUUGUCAGUUACUUUUACUGCAGUGUGAACAUUUUUAUGGUUUUGGAUUUAAUAAGAAAUAAAUAAAAAAAAAAAUGUUGAAAAGCGGCAGGCAAGCACUCCUAAAGUCUUGGAAGAAAGUUCCUUUGUGAUUCAUGUGUCAAGAUGAAGUCUCCCUCCUCAUGGCUGAUGUGCACCUGUGUUGAGUACAGAAAGGCACAAUGCCCUUGGCAACUGCAGCCCCAGCCAGUACCCACUGCUGAGUGUGAGUGGAGCCUUAGAUGACCGGGCCCUGGGUGCAGAAGUAGCACAGAAGUAUAUACAUAUACUAUAUAAUGAUCAAUAGCUCCUGAUCAUUAUAUAGUAACAGUAAGUACAAAAAAAUUAUUUUUAUUGGAAGUAUAAUAAAGUUUGGUAAG